AUGACACAAAUUAGAAAUAAUCCUGUUGUUUUAAUGAUAACGUCAUCAAGAGUACGUUUAAGUGAAGUAAAAAUGCAAAUAAAAACAACAAAGAUUCAAGAUAUUGUUGCAUUAAGACAUGAUCAACGAACAACAUUUAUUUUAUUAGCUGACGAUGGAAGUUUAAACUUUUUCUUAGCUGACUUAGAUAAAAAAAAAUUAUUGAUUAUCACUUCAGUAGUUGGUAUACCAGCAUCAAAUGCUUCAACAUUAUUAAUAUCUUGA